AUGGCGCAGGCACAGCAGGUCGCCCUAGAGCGGCUCGAAUAUAUCACGAGGGGAUUGCGGUCAAGAACCAGCGACGAUUUGCGCAAGCGAUCGGCUAUCCAGCUCCGAGAGCUGGUGACUGUAUGCCAUCGAGAUCUUAGCCCCGAGCAAUUCCUCACCUUCUACAACAAUGUUAACAAUAAAAUCACCCAACUCAUCACACAUGGCAGCGACUCCGCAGAGAGGCUGGGCGGCAUCUAUGCCUUGGAUUCUCUCGUUGAUUUUGAGGGCGUGGACGUGGCCGCCAAGUAUACCCGCUUCACACAGAACCUAAAGACUAUUCUACGUGGCAAGGAUACUAUGCCUAUGCGGCAUGCUGCGAUUGCCCUUGGAAAGCUUUGUCGACCUGGAGGGGCCAUGAUUUCGGAGCUGGUUGACUCCGAGGUGAACACUGCACUUGAAUGGCUGCAGAAUGACCGAGUCGAGGAACGACGAUACAGUGCAGUUCUCGUCCUGCGGGAGCUUGCGCGAAAUGCACCUACCCUCAUGUACCAGUAUAUCCCGACCAUUUUUGAUUGGAUCUGGGUCGGCCUUCGUGAUCCAAGACAGCUCAUUCGCGAAACAUCGGCCGAGACCGUCAGCGCUUGUUUCCGCAUCAUUCGGGAGCGAGACCAAGAGAUGAAGCAAAUAUGGAUGAGCAAGAUCUACAACGAGGCGAGACAGGGCCUGAAAGUAAACACGGUCGAGUCAAUCCACGCAUCAUUACUGGUUUUGAAGGAGCUUUUGGAACAAGGUGGCAUGUACAUGCAAGAGCAUUACCAGGAAGCCUGCGAUAUCGUCUUCAAGCACAAAGAUCAUCGUGACCCGACCACGCGAAAGACUGUGGUGCUCCUGAUACCAGACCUGGCAAGCUACUCGCCAGCCGAUUUCGCCCAUUCUUGGCUUCACAAGUUCAUGGUCUAUCUCUCUGGCAUGCUGAAAAAGGACAAAGAGCGCAACGACGCUUUCCUCGCCAUCGGAAACAUAGCAAACUCAGUCAAGAGUGCCAUCGCCCCCUACCUGGACGGCGUUCUGAUCUACGUGAGAGAAGGCCUCAGCGUACAAUCUCGCAAGAGGGGCUCUGUAGAUCCAGUCUUUGACUGUAUCAGCCGUCUUGCCGUGGCUGUCGGCCAGACUCUCAGCAAAUACAUGGAGGCACUCCUUGACCCCAUCUUUGCCUGCGACUUGACGCCUAAGCUGACGCAGGCCCUGGUCGACAUGGCAUUCUAUAUCCCGCCCGUCAAGCCCAUUAUCCAAGAAAGGCUGCUGGACAUGUUGAGCGUUGUCCUCUGCGGUGAACCCUUCAAGCCUCUCGGCGCGCCGCAGCCAAACACUCUAACCUCGGUGCCGACUAUCGCAAAGGAUGCCAAGGAUCCACAGGCGUAUGAAAAUCGCAAGACGGAGAUCAAACUUGCAUUGAACACUCUCGGGAGCUUUGAUUUCUCUGGUCAUGUUUUGAACGAGUUUGUUCGUGACGUGGCCAUCAAGUACGUUGAGGACGAGGAUCCGGAAAUUCGAGAAGCGGCGGCUCUCACUUGCUGCCAGCUUUACGUCCGAGAUCCCAUUGUCAACCAGACCAGUUAUCAUGCCCUCCAGGUCGUUGGGGAUGUCAUUGAAAAGUUACUCACUGUCGGUAUAUCUGACCCAGAGCCGAAUAUUCGGCGGACUGUGCUGGCUGCUCUUGACGAACGGUUUGAUCGUCACCUUGCCAAGGCAGAAAACAUCCGCAUCCUCUUCUUCGCUUUAAAUGACGAAGUGUUCUCUAUCAGGGAAGUUGCCAUCUCUAUUAUCGGUCGACUUGCUAGGUUUAACCCGGCAUAUGUUAUUCCCUCCUUGCGAAAGACUCUCAUCCAGAUGCUUACUGAACUCGAGUUUUCAGAUGUGGCACGGAAUAAGGAGGAGAGUGCCAAACUACUGAGCCUCUUGGUUCAAAACGCACAGUCACUGAUUAAGCCAUAUGUCGAGCCAAUGAUCUCUGUUCUUCUCCCCAAGGCCAACGAUCCCAGCCCCACGGUCGCUGCUACCAUUUUGAAAGCUAUUGGAGAGCUGGCCACUGUCGGCGGCGAAGACAUGCUGCCGUACAAAGACCGUCUAAUGCCGCUCAUCAUUGAUGCCCUGCAAGAUCAGAGCUCAAACAUAAAACGAGAGGCGGCUCUCCACUCUCUUGGCCAGCUGGCAAGUAAUUCUGGAUAUGUGAUACAACCUUACCUAGAGUAUCCUCAACUAUUAGAAAUUCUCCAAGCCAUUAUUAGGACAGAGGAUCAGAGAGGUCCUUUGCGACAAGAGACCAUUAAGCUUAUGGGUAUUUUGGGCGCAUUGGAUCCCUACAAACAUCAGGUUGAGGAAAAGACACCCGAAAUGCAACGACGCUCAGAGUCAAAUCAGAUGACAGACAUAUCACUGAUGAUGACUGGAUUAACACCGUCUAACAAAGAGUACUUUCCUACCGUCGUCAUCAACGCACUCCUCCAGAUUCUCAAGGACCACUCCCUGGCUCAGCAUCAUGCCGCCGUUAUCGAGGCUAUUAUGAAUAUCUUCAGAACGUUAGGACUAGAAUGCGUGUCAUUCUUGGAUAGAAUCGUUCCUGCAUUCUUGCUUGUUAUUCGAUCAUGCCCCCCUACCCGCUUGGAGUCGUACUUCAAUCAGCUGGCCACAUUGGUGAGCAUUGUACGACAGCACAUCAGAAAUUAUCUUCCAGAGAUUGUAGAGAUUCUUCAGGAAUACUGGCACAAGUCGGCUUCAUUACAGACUACGAUCUUGUCCUUGGUUGAAGCCAUCUCUCGGUCUCUGGAGGGUGAGUUUAAAAUCUACCUGGCGUCACUUCUCCCUCUCAUGCUUGGUGUGCUCGACAAGGACGUGUCCACAAAGCGAACGCCGUCCGAGAAGGUAUUGCACGCCUUUUUGGUAUUUGGAGCGAGUGCUGAAGAGUACAUGCACCUUAUUAUACCCGUUAUUGUUAGGACCUUUGAGAAGCAGGGGCAGCCAACGUUUAUCAGGAAGCAAGCGAUUGACACCAUUGGCAAAAUUUCCCGUCAAGUGAAUUUGAACGAUUUUGCGGCCAAGAUUAUUCAUCCUCUAACGAGAGUGCUCGACAAUGGAGAACCCAUGUUGAGGCUCGCCGCGCUUGAUACACUCUGUGCGUUGAUCCAGCAUCAGAACUAUGAUCUCCUUGUUAGCAAGCUGCAGAAAGGCGAGGUUUUACCGCAAGACUUGACAUCAGACGCCCGCCUCUUGGACAUUGGUGAUGAAACUCCUUUUGCAGAUCUGGGUACUAAGAAGCUGGAGAUGAAUGCCAUCCACCUGAAAGCUGCGUGGGAUACCAAAGGAAAGUCAACAAAGGAGGAUUGGCAGGAGUGGCUACGAAGAUUCAGCACCACGCUUCUUACAGAGUCGCCAAACCACGCCCUGAGGGCAUGCGCCAGCCUUGCGAGCGUCUACUUGCCUCUAGCCCGAGAGCUUUUCAACUCGGCCUUUGUUUCAUGUUGGAGCGAGCUUUAUGAACAGUUCCAAGACGAACUAAUUCAAAAUAUCGAGAGCGCCAUCAAAUCGGAGAAUGUACCGCCAGAUUUGCUUGGCCUCUUGCUCAACUUGGCCGAGUUCAUGGAACACGAUGACAAGGCUUUGCCCAUCGACAUUCGGGUUCUCGGUAGAGAGGCUGCUCGUUGUCACGCCUACGCCAAAGCGCUGCAUUACAAAGAACUGGAAUUCUUACAGGAUCAAAGCAGUGGAGCCGUAGAAGCCCUGAUUGUGAUCAACAAUCAGCUACAGCAGUCAGAUGCUGCUAUUGGUAUCUUGCGGAAGGCUCAGCUAUACAAGGAAGGCAUUCAGCUGCGCGAGACAUGGUUUGAGAAGUUGGAGCGAUGGGAGGAAGCUUUGGCAUCCUACAACAAGCGAGAAAGAGAGGUGCCUGCUGACCAACCCAUCCCCAUUGAUAUUGUUAUGGGCAAGAUGCGUUGUCUUCACGCCUUAGGUGAAUGGGACGCUCUCGCUAGCUUGACCGGCAGCACAUGGGCCAAUUCUGCACCCGAAGUCCAAAGAAUGAUUGCGCCGCUCGCUACGGCUGCCGCGUGGGGUCUCGGCAAGUGGGAUUCGAUGGAUAACUACCUGUCUUCUCUCAAGAGAUACUCUCCAGAUAGGUCAUUCUUCGGUGCCAUCCUCGCCCUUCAUCGGAACCAGUUCAGAGAGGCCAUUGCUUGCAUUGAACAAGCUCGUGAAGGCUUGGAUACAGAACUUAGUGCUCUUGUUAGCGAGUCAUAUAACCGGGCGUACCAAGUCGUUGUCAGAGUUCAGAUGCUUGCUGAGCUGGAAGAGUUGAUUGUAUACAAGCAAUGUGAUGAGAGGAAACAGGUCACUAUGCGCAAGACCUGGGAAACAAGACUGGAAGGUUGCCAGCGUAACGUGGAGGUUUGGCAGCGAAUGCUGCGGCUACGUGCCCUGGUCAUUGCUCCCGGGGAGAACAUUCGCAUGUGGAUCAAGUUUGCCAACCUUUGCCGCAAGUCGGGCCGUAUGGGACUGGCUGAGAAGUCGCUGAAACAGCUAAUCGGGUCUGAUGCGCCGCUCGAAGCCCUGAUCCCGUACUGGAACGAUACCAAACAGGCAGCAGCAGCACCGCGCAACGCCCCGCCUGCCCAAGUCAUUUACGGCAUGCUCAAGUAUCAAUGGGAACUUGGCCAGCAGCCUAACAUGAAGGCUACGGGAAUUGCUGAGAGAACUCUAUACUGCUUACAGCGAUUUACCAAUGACUCUGCCCAUCGUCUAGACGUUGCAAAGGCUCAUCUUACUGCUCAGGCAGGAAGCGAAGUGAACCUGCCACUCGAGUAUGGCUUCCAAAACCAAGUUGAUCCUUCUGUGAUGAGCCCACAGACACAGCGAGCGUUGGUCGAUCAGACAGUGCUGUUGGCGAAAUGCUACUUGCGACAAGGCGAGUGGCAGAUUGCUCUCAACAAGGAUGAUUGGCAAUACACCAAGAUUCAGGACAUUCUAGCCUCCUACUCCCAAGCAACCAAGUACAACCCCCGCUGGUACAAGGCCUGGCAUGCCUGGGCGCUUGCCAACUUUGAGAUUGUUCAGACCUUGUCCGCUAGAGGUGAAGGACAGUUAUCAAGGGCAGACCAGACGAUGAUCAUCGAACAUGUCGUGCCAGCCAUCCAAGGUUUCUUCAAGUCCAUUGCGCUAUCCGCCGGCAGCUCGCUUCAAGAUACGCUGCGUCUAUUGACGUUGUGGUUCACUCACGGAGGCAAUUCAGAUGUCAACACGUCUGUGACCGAGGGUUUUGCAAACGUCAGCAUUGACACAUGGCUGGAGGUGAUACCUCAACUCAUUGCUAGAAUCAAUCAGCCAAACAAGCGUGUGCAGCAGUCGGUACACAAUCUGCUAGCUGACGUUGGCCGGGCUCACCCGCAGGCGUUGGUCUACCCACUUACCGUAGCCAUGAAGUCAUGGCAGAAUAGUCGACGUUCGAGGUCCGCAGCACAAAUCAUGGACAGCAUGCGUCAGCACAGCGCCAACCUCGUUGCCCAAGCAGACACGGUUAGUCAUGAGUUGAUUCGAGUUGCGGUACUCUGGCACGAACUCUGGCAUGAGGGUUUGGAAGAGGCAUCGCGGUUGUACUUUGGCGACCACAACAUCGAGGGCAUGUUUGCGGCACUGGAACCUCUUCAUGAACAGUUGGAGAGGGGCCCUGAGACUUUGAGGGAGAUAUCAUUCGCACAGGCCUUUGGGCGCGAUCUUAAGGAAGCCCAAGACUGGUGCCACCAAUAUGAGACGAGCCGGGAUGUUAACGAUCUUAACCAAGCUUGGGAUCUCUAUUAUCAAGUCUUCCGUCGCAUCACAAGACAGCUGCCGCAGGUCACAAGCCUGGAGCUUACGUACUGCUCCCCUAAACUACUGAACGCGAAGAACCUCGAUCUGGCUGUUCCGGGAACAUACAAGAGUGGACAGCCCAUCGUGAGGAUUAUGUCCUUUGAAUCAACCUUUACCGUCAUCAACUCAAAGCAGAGGCCGAGAAAACUAAACGCUAAUGGCAGUGAUGGUGUUUCAUACGCUUUCCUGCUCAAGGGUCAUGAAGACAUUCGACAGGACGAGCGUGUGAUGCAGCUGUUUGGCCUUUGCAACACUCUAUUGGCAAACGAUUCCGAAUGCUACAAGAGACAUCUCAACAUUCAGCGCUAUCCUGCCAUUCCGCUCUCGCAGAACUCUGGAUUGCUGGGAUGGGUUCCGAAUAGUGACACACUGCACGUCCUCAUCCGUGAGUAUCGCGAGAGUCGCAAGAUUCUCCUCAACAUUGAGCACCGAAUCAUGCUCCAGAUGGCACCAGACUACGACAACCUAACGCUCAUGCAAAAGGUAGAAGUGUUUGGGUAUGCUUUGGACAACACGACAGGCCAAGAUCUUUACCGUGUUCUCUGGCUGAAGUCCAAGUCGUCAGAAGCUUGGUUGGAGAGGCGGACAAAUUACACUCGUUCCUUGGGCGUCAUGUCCAUGGUGGGCUAUAUCUUGGGUCUGGGAGAUCGCCACCCUUCGAAUCUUAUGCUCGAUCGCGUCACUGGCAAGAUUAUUCAUAUUGACUUUGGCGACUGUUUUGAAGUUGCUACGAAGCGUGAAAAGUAUCCCGAGAGAGUGCCUUUCCGACUAACCCGUAUGUUGACGUAUGCCAUGGAGGUCAGCAACAUUGAAGGAAGCUUCAGAAUCACAUGUGAGCACGUAAUGAGGGUCUUGCGAGACAACAAGGAGAGCGUAAUGGCUGUAUUGGAAGCGUUUAUUCAUGACCCUCUCCUCACUUGGAGACUCACUAAUGCUGCCUCUCCGGCUGGGCCUAACUUCCGCUCCGAACGCGAAGUGGCGCUUGCGGGCCCCCACGCAAUGCGAGCGCGACGACAGUCUAUCCUGGAUGCCGAUGUUGCACCAUCUGAGCUUAUGGCAAAUGUUGAAUCUUCAGCACCCCCCAUGGCUAGGAACAGGGCCCGCACAAACAGCUCAACGAUACCAGAAGGUGCCCAGGCCAACGGCGCGGAAGAGAGAGAGAGCCAAAACGCCAGAGCGAUCGAAGUGCUCGACCGCGUUUCACAGAAGCUGACUGGACGCGAUUUCAAGCCUAACGAGGAGCUAGAUAUCAUUAACCAAGUGAACAAGCUCAUCAUCGAAGCUACGAAAUUGGAGAAUCUGUGUCAGCACUAUAUCGGAUGGUGCAGUUUCUGGUAG